UCACGCGUAUACUAUAAAAAACUCCAUUUUGUCAAGGAUUUCUUCCCACUAUAUCUCCAGCAUCAACCGCUCAUAGCCAUCGAUCCGCCAUUGCUCUCUCUCAUUCUCCUCCUCUUCAGCUCACCAGUCUCACCACCACCAUUGCAACAGCUAGAAGAAGGAGGAGGAGAAGAAGGCCCUUGGUUGCUUGAGCGAUUGCUUCGGUGUUGUAAUGGAGGAGGUGGAGGUUCCGUCCUACUUCGUGUGCCCCAUCACGCUGGACGUCAUGCGCGACCCCGUCACGCUCCCCACCGGCAUCACCUACGACCGCCACGCCAUCCACCGCUGGCUCCGCCUCGCCGCCUCCUGCCCGCUCACCAAGCUGCCCGUCGCGCCGGACUGCGAGCCCACGCCCAACCACACGCUCUGCCGCCUCAUCCGCUCCUGGUGCGCCCUCCACCGCCCCGACGACGCCGUCGACCAUACGAUGAAGUCGGCCCCUGCCGACUGCGCCCGCCUCGCCGCGCUGGUGUCGCGUCUCGCCGACGCGAAGAACAAGAGACCGUCGCAAGAGGCCCUCGCUGCGCUCCGCGAGCUUAGGGACGUCGUGGCGGAGGGCGAGCGCGGUAGGGAACUCGUCGCCGCCGUACCCGGCUCGGCGGACGCGCUGCUCGACGUCUUCGUCUCGUCUGCGACGUCCGCGCCAGAGAACUCCGCCGCGGCACUCGACGUCAUCUCCUCGCUCCGGCUCCCGGAGCGGUGCCUGGCGCGCGCCGUCGACAGGGAUGGCGCGGCGCUGGUCGGCGCGCUCGUCUCCAUCCUGCAGGGACACUCCGGCCCCGACGCCGAUGCGGCGUCCCGGGCACGCGCAGCCGUGCUCCUGGCGGACGUGAUGGCGUGCAUGUCGCCGAGCAGGGCGGCGUCGCUCCCGGAGCAGGCGUUCGUCGAGGCUGUGCGGCUGCUCCGCGGCGACGACGGCAUGGGCGCCUCGACCUCGAUGGCGACCAAGGCGGCGCUGCGGGUGCUUGCAGGCGCGACCGCCCACGGGCGGAACCGAGUGAAGGCAGCGGAGGCCGGCGCGGUGGCUGCGCUCGUGGACAUGCUGCUGCUCGUGAACGGCGAGCGGCGGCGUGCGUGGUGCGAGCUGGCGCUGUGCGCGCUGAACCGGCUGUGCGGGUGCGCGGAGGGCCGCGCAGCGCUGGUGGCGCACGGAGCCGGCGUGGCAGCCGUGGGCGCGUGGGUGGCCGGGGCGUCGAUGGCGGCUAGCGCGAAGGCGGUGCGGGUGCUCCGAUCAAUCGCCCGGCACACGGCCACGGUGGCGGUGGUGCAGGAGAUGGCAGCGACGGGCGCGGUGGGGAAGCUGUGCCUGGUGGCGGCGUCGGUGCCGGAGGAGGAGUGGCAGUGGUGCGACGAGAGGACGAGGGAGCGGGCACGGGAGACGCUCCGGCUGCACGCCAGGGCGUGGCGGAGCUCGCCGUGCUUGCAUCCUACCCUCCAGGCCCUCUACCCUUGCUAAUUGCUACAUUCUUCUUUUGUAGAUGAAACUAAUUGGCAGCGUAAUUGUAAUGUUUAACAUGCUAAUUGCAUGUACUAGCAGCUUUGCAUGGUUAUUUUGUGAUGCCAACUUCAGUUAAGA